UCCACUUAUAUAAUAACAGAUGUUGAUAAGACAAACUUGAAUCUUCGCUUAUAUCAAUAUCAGACGUGUCCAUUUUGCUGUAAAGUUCGCGCAUUUCUCGAUUAUUUUGGUUUUUCUUAUGAAGUGGUUGAGGUUAAUCCAAUCACUCGAUCUCAACUCAAAUUUUUAACAGAUUACAAAAAAGUACCUGUUGUUAUCAUAGACAAUGAUCGUGUUCUAAUUGAAUCUUCUUUGAUAAUUUCUAUAUUAUCAACUUUCUUACGUAAUUCUCAUCAGUCGAUCUCUGAUGUAAUUGCUUUAUUUCCGGAAUUAGUCACUAUUGAUCCAAAGACUGAACAAUUAUCAAAAUCUUUUCCUAAUAAGUAUUUUAUAAUGCUGGAACCAACCAAACUUUCGGAUGCUGAAAUUCAAAAUGCAAAAGAAGAAAGAGAUUGGCGUGAAUGGGUUGACAAUUAUUUUAUUCAUUUAAUAUCACCUAAUGUGUAUCGUACAUUAACUGAAAGUUUGGAAACUUUUUACUGGUUUGAUGAGGUUGGCGAAUGGAAAAGAGUGUUUCCAGCAUGGGAACGUUACUUGACUAUUUACAUUGGAUCUAUUAUAAUGUAUUUUAUAUCAAAACGAUUGAAAAAACGGUUAGAAAUUGCUUGCAACGAAUGGGUCCAAGCUCUUGGAAAUCGUCUGUUUCUCGGAGGUCAACGGCCGAAUCUAGCGGACUUGGCACUUUAUGGUUCCAUUAAUUCUUUUGUUGGGUGCAAAGCUUUUCGUGAAAUCUGUAAACAAAGCGGAAUUGAGGUGUGGUACGAUAGAAUGAGUGCAGAAGUGGAAUCGAAAGCUGGCUCAUCUUUGUUAGCCAAGCGUUGUAGCAAAUAG